UUCGGAGUCUGUGACCAUUAAUGGUGAGAUUGAGUAAACAAUAAUCGAUACGAGACCCAAGGGGUUCGUCCUAGCUUGCGGAUUGUGGGCCUGAUUCAUCGGCCACUGGAUGAGGUCGUCGUCUCUGUCUUGGUUGCCAUUAUUCCUUCUCUGUUGAGCAACAACUGGUCUUCUGGAUUAAGAAUCUGAUUUUGACGUGUGACGUCGACGACGUGGUGAGUGGUUGGGCCUGGCCUUCUAGCCUUCCUCUCGCCUGCCUGCCUCUCGGGGCUCUGUGGCCAUUCUAGCCUUCUCUCUGCUCGCCUGUGUGUGGCUCCCUCGUUGAUUGUCCACCCCUCUGGCUGGCCUUCAUCCGCCUUGUGUUGUCCUUGGGGUCCAGCUGGGAUCCACCCAUCGGUCACUCGACGCCCCAUCCAUCCACCCACCUACCAGCCGGCUGAUCUCCGCCCUUGACCAUGUCUUACGCCUAUCUGUUCAAGUACAUCAUCAUCGGGGACACGGGCGUGGGCAAGUCGUGUCUGUUGUUACAGUUCACGGACAAGCGAUUCCAGCCCGUUCACGAUUUGACCAUUGGCGUAGAAUUUGGCGCCCGCAUGAUCAACAUUGAAGGCAAACAGAUCAAACUCCAAAUCUGGGAUACGGCCGGUCAAGAAGCAUUCCGCUCGAUUACCCGUUCGUAUUACCGCGGUGCGGCCGGCGCGCUCUUAGUGUACGAUAUCACCCGCCGCGACACGUUCAACCAUCUGACCACGUGGCUCGAAGAUGCCCGCCAACAUUCCAAUUCCAACAUGGUAAUCAUGCUCAUCGGCAACAAAAGUGAUUUGGAGAGUCGGCGCGAUGUCAAACGUGAAGAAGGUGAGGCCUUUGCUCGUGAGCACGGACUCAUCUUUAUGGAGACCUCGGCCAAGACCGCGGCCAACGUCGAGGAGGCGUUUAUCAACACAGCCCGAGAAAUCUACGACAAGAUUCAGGAAGGAGUCUUCGAUAUCAACAAUGAGGCGAAUGGCAUCAAAAUUGGACCUCAACACUCGCCAGCCAACCCGAACAUGCCCUCGGGCAAUCAAGGGGGGUCCUCGUCAGGUGGAUGUUGUUAAGGCGACCUCUCCCCUCAGAAUGAAUGACCUCUACAUUUCUUGUUGAUCACCCACCCCAUUUCUGUUCCUAGCUCGCCCAAAAGCUGUGUGGUUUGAAUUCAUGUGGGCCAAGUUUGCCUUCGGCAUAUAUGUAAAAAAUAUCGACCACUCCCUUCUGAAUCCAUUGUGAUUUAAUUUUAGUUCUGAGCCGAUUUUUGCGAGUUCACCCCACGCCCUCUUCGGCCUGUCCUUUCGCUCUUGAAUGUCAGCACCUUAAAAUAAUUCCAAUCUGGUCUUUUUUUAUUCAAUUAGAAACCAUAUUGUCGCUUUUCUCUGCUCGUCCGUUCUUGUCAAUCAUCCAUGCUUGGAAUUCAAGUCCUCCUUCGAGAAGCGAAACUGAGAAAGCCAUCUCUUUAAUCAUUUUUUUCAUCUUUCCAAGGGAUUUUAUGUUCAGAUAUUAUUUGAAUAGUUCUUUAGUACAAUAGAUUACGAUUGAUCAUCAACCAAUAUCAUCUUUUUGACCGUGUUUUGAGGCGUCUCGGGAUCGAACUUCUUUCCCGAUGUUUGGGCCUGCACUCCUCUAUCAUCUCCCCAAAAGAUUUGCCGUCAUCCCCACUUGUAAGGAUAUCUAUUGAACGUUUUAUUCGCAUUUCGCACAAGGGAUAACAAAUUACCAAUCCAGCCCUGGUUGAUAAUGAUGUAAAGCUUGCAUAUGAUCGUGAAUGUAUCGAGCUAUGCCAAUGUGACGAGUGUAUGUGAGCUCGGACGUGAGAAAUAGACGAGAUAGAAUUUGACAACA